GGCGGCGGCGAUGGCGGGUGCGGCGGCGGCGGCCUUCGCGGCGCAGGUGCUGCGGGGGCGGUGGUUCAUGGCGUAUGGAUCUUUCCUCAUCAUGUCGGCGGCCGGGGCCACCUACAUCUUCGCCAUCUACUCCAAGGACAUCAAGUCCACGCUCGGCUACACUCAGGAGCAGCUCAACACCGUCGGCUUCUUCAAGGACGUCGGCGCCAACAUCGGCAUCCACGCCGGCCUCAUCGCCGAGGUCACGCCGCCAUGGUUCGUCCUCGCCAUCGGCGCAGCCAUGAAUCUCGGGGGAUACCUCAUGCUCUACCUCUCGGUCACCGGCCGCGUCGGGGCGAAUACGCCUCUUUGGCUUGUCUGCCUCUACAUCGCCGUCGGCGCCAACUCUCAGGCGUUCGCCAACACCGGCGCGCUCGUCACCUGCGUCAAGAACUUCCCGGAGAGCCGCGGCGUCAUGCUCGGCUUGCUCAAGGGAUUCGUCGGCCUCAGCGGCGCCAUCUUCACGCAGCUCUACCUCUCCUUCUACGGCGGCGGCGGCGGCAACACCAAGCCGCUCAUCCUGCUCGUUGGCUGGCUCCCGGCCGCCAUCUCCCUCGCAUUCCUCGGCACCAUCCGGAUCAUACGCACCCCGCGCUCGCCAACGGCGGCGCGCCGCGAGUACCGCGCGUUCUGCGGCUUCCUCUACGUGUCGCUCGCGCUCGCCGCCUACCUCCUGGUGGUCAUCGUCCUCCAGAAGCGGUUCAAGUUCACCCGCGCCGAGUACGCCAUCAGCGCCGCCGUCGUGUUCGCGGCUCUCCUCGCCCCCUUCGCCAUUGUCCUGCGCGAGGAGGCUGCGCUGUUCAGGAAGACGCCCGAAGAGGAGACAGACACGCCGGCGCUGUCCGUGGUGACCGCGGCCACGAAACCAUCUCCCGCGGCCGUCGAGUCGCCAGCGACGCCGAUGGAAAGGGUGCUCCGCGCGCUGAGGCCGCCGCCGCGCGGCGAGGACUACACGAUCGUACAGGCGCUGGUGAGCGUGGACAUGCUGCUGCUGUUCACGGCGACGGUGUUCGGCGUGGGCGGGACGCUGACGGCGAUCGACAACAUGGGCCAGAUCGGCGAGUCGCUGGGCUACCCGCAGCGCAGCAUCGCCACCUUCGUGUCGCUCAUCAGCAUCUGGAACUACCUCGGCCGCGUGUCCGCCGGCUUCGCGUCGGACGCGCUCCUGUCGCGGUACGGCAUCUCGCGGCCGCUGCUGGUCGCCGGCGUGCUGGUCCUCACCGUGCCGGGGCACCUCCUGGUGGCGUUCGGCGUGCCGGGGUCGCUGUACGCGGCGUCGGUGCUGAUCGGGUUCUGCUUCGGGGCGGCGUACCCGAUGAUCCUGGCCAUCAUCUCGGAGGUGUUCGGGCUCAAGUACUACUCGACGCUGUACAACGUCGGCAACCUGGCGUGCCCCGUGGGGUCGUACAUCCUCAACGUCCGCGUCGCUGGCCGCAUGUACGACCGGGAGGCGAGGCGGCAGGGAGCCGUGGCCGUGGCGGCGGGGAAGAAGGAGCUGACGUGCAUCGGGGUGAGGUGCUACAAAGACUCGUUCUUGGUCAUCACGGCGGUGACGGUGGCCGCCGCGGUGGUGAUGGCGGCGCUCGCGUGGCGGACCCGGAAGUUCUACGCGGGGGACAUCUACGCGCGGUUCAGGGAGGACGCAGCUGCAGGUGUCGAUGGCAACGGCAAUGGCAGGGUCGCCGGAGAAGAACAUAAGGUGGUGGAAUCGAAGGAGGAGAAGGCGACGACCAGCUGAGUUGCAAUCGCAUAACCACGAGAUAUAUGUCAGAUAGACGACCAAAAAAUGACUCCUUUUUUAUUUUCUGUUUUAGAAAUGCUUUACAGUAGUACUACACAACAUUGCAUUUCUCCUCUCUUUUUUCUUUUUUGAAGUUUUUGGUUCACAAGUUGAAUAGUGUAUGAAUCUUGGAUGAAUCCAAAUGAUUAUAGGCUGGCAAAUUCGUCGUUUGCAUGCAAAAGGAUAUGCAUGUGGAAGUUGUAUACAACUCGCUGUCAAUUGACCGUAGUAUAGUAUAGUACCUCGUGCACUUGUGCUCAUGCUGUACAACUAGCACAUACCAACUUGAAUUGAAAUUUUCAA